AUGUCAGGAUCUGGUUCCCCUUGUGGUGCCUGCAAAUUCUUGAGAAGAAAAUGUGCUAAGGAUUGUGUUUUUGCACCUUAUUUCUGUCAUGAACAAGGUGUUUCACAUUUUGCAGCCAUCCAUAAGGUUUUUGGUGCAAGCAAUGUGUCGAAACUCCUUGCUCAUCUUCCAGUGAGUGAUCGGUGUGAAGCGGCCGUCACGAUUGCUUAUGAAGCUCAGGCUAGGCUUCAAGAUCCUAUUUAUGGCUGUGUUUCUCAUAUCUUUGCCCUCCAACAACAGGUAGUCAAUCUCCAAGCCCAAUUAGCUUCUCUUAAGGAACAAGCUUCUCAGCCCUUUAAUGGCUCCAACGAUGGAAACUCUAAUGAUAAAUUUUACGACGAAAGCCAUUCUUUCCGACAAGACGUUCUAAGCUGGUUUCAAUCCUGCCAAAAUCAAGACACAAUGCCCACAUAUUGCACAAACAUAGACAAUAGCAUGACAGACAUAUUGUAUCCUCAAAGAGGCACAAUGAACCCUAUUUUGAAGUGUGAAAAUCCAGUUUUUCCUGUAGCAAACAACUCAUAUGGCAGUAUGGAUUCACUUGAAAUGCAAUCAAAUAACAGGCAAUGGGCAUAUCAAAAUGACUUUGAUGACCUUCAAUCAGUGGCCUUCAGAUAUGUUCAGCAUUCAUGA